AUGUUAAAGAAACCACAUCAUACCACAAAUAAAUCAACUUCACUAUUUGAAAUCAGAUUGAAAAACUUAGAACAUGAUGUAUUAGUAUUGAAAGGAAAUGAACAUGAAGCAGGAUCAGUACUAAUUUCUGGAAAUAUAGUAAUAUCAGUAAAUGAACCAAUAACAAUAAAAAAAUUAUCAUUGCGAUUAUACUCAACUUUGAAACUCAAAGCUGAUCUAACUUCUGCUUCAUCAGCAACUGUUGGAAAUAAUAGAAAACUUUUAAAUUUUAAAAAACAAAUUUAUGAAUAUAAUUGGGAUUCAAAUGAAUUUAAUAAAUAUUUUGAUCAUAUGUAUGAAAAUUCAAGUGUUGGAAAUAAUGGGGCAAUAAAUCCGCCACCUCAAUUGGUUAAAAAUCAUUCAACUUCAUCUCUCAAGGGAUUAGGUGGUCUAAGAUCUAAAAGUGGGUUAAACUUAUCAACUUUGUCAAAUAAUAAUAGUUCAACUAAUCUAAACAAAGCUGCAUUAAAUCAUUCAAUGGGUUCAAAUCAUGUCUUAGUUCAAGGAAAUUAUGAAAUCCCAUUUAGUGCAAUUUUACCUGGAAAUAUACCGGAAUCUAUUGAAGGAUUACCUGGUUGUUCAUCAAUUUAUAGAUUAGAAGCAACAAUUGAUAGAGGGAAAUUUCAUAGUACAAUGAUAACAAAAAAACAUAUUAGAGUCGUAAGAACAUUAACUACUGAUGCAGUUGAAUUAUCAGAAACUAUAGCUGUUGACAAUACAUGGCCUAAAAAAGUUGAGUAUUCAUUAAGUUGUCCAACAAGGGCAUUAGCUAUUGGUAGUGGGACUCCAAUUAGUAUGAUGCUUGUACCUUUGUUAAAAGGUUUAACAUUAGGAGAUAUUAAAAUACAAUUAGUUGAAUUUUAUUCAUAUGUUGGAAAUAUCCCACCAAUGCAUUCAGCGGAAAGGAUUAUUGCUUCAAAGAAAGUCGCAAAACCCAAACCAAAUGAAUAUGAAUUUGAUAAAUGGGAAUUAGAAACUUUUAUGAAAAUUCCUGCAAGUUUAUCAAAGUGUUGUCAAGAUGUUGAUUUAAUGCAACAUGUUAAAGUAAGACAUAAAUUGAAAUUUAAUAUUGGAUUAGUUAAUCCUGAUGGUCAUGUUUCUGAAUUAAGAGCUUCCUUACCUGUACAAUUAUUUAUUUCACCAUUUGUGACAGUAAGUUCAAAACAUGAUGAUGAAGUUAGUGAAGAUGAACGUAAAGGUGAAGAGGAUAUUUUAUUUACUAGUGAUUCGUAUGAUGAUUUAAACUAUUUGGGAAAUGGUAAUAAUAAUAACAAUGGAAGUACACUAAAUUCAAACAGUAGCUCACAUACUUCAUUAACUGGUUUAGUUGCUCCUCCAUUAUAUGAAAGACAUAUAUAUGAUAGAUUAUGGUCUGAUGUUUCACCAAUUGAAACUCCAUUAACUUCAGGUACAUCCACUCCAAGAAGUAGACAAGGUGGUUUGAAUAAUUAUGGUGAAUUUUCAAUGCAACCAUUAGAUUCAUCAGCAUUAAGUGAAAAUUUAAGACAAUUAAGUAUUCAAAGACAAGCUCAAGAAGCAGAGGCCAAUAAUCAUCAUGAUAAUAAUAACGGUAGAGCUACUUUUAAUUUUGAAGAUGAAGAUAAUCAACAAUCUCACACUGCUCAACCUGAUUAUUUCAAUAAUAGACCAUCAGCAAUUUCAAGAAAUCAUAGCUUUUUAAAAGAUCCACUUAUGACUCCAAUGACUCCUCCAGUACAUUUAUCUCGUGUAAAUUCAGAUGCAAAUUUGUAUAAUUCAAAUGAAAUGAAACAAGUUCCAUCUUAUAGCCAAGCUAUUAAAAGUGAUACAAUGGAUGAUUUAUCACCAGCUUAUGAGCCUCCUUCAUCAAAUUCAAGUAUAAAUUUAAAUGAAUUGAAUAAGAAUUUACAACCAUCUAAUCAAAGACCAAACAUAGGCUCAAGAAACUCAACGUUACUGAAACUAAGUAGUUCAAGAAAUUCUUCAACAAAUUCUUCCCCUUCUAAUUCAAGAAAUGUCUCCUCAUCAAAUUUAUCUAAUUUAUUACCAUCUAAAAAAUCAUCAAGUAAUUUAUUGAACAUUGGUUCAUUGACCCCUUCAAGCGGUCAUGGUAGUGGUUCAAAUAGUAAUGGAAAUUCAUCAAUUAAUUUAUUAUCUACAUCACCAGUAAGUCAUUUAAGAAAUCCAACAAAUCAUUCAAUACAAAGCGAAAAUAACAGUAGUACCAAUAAUUCUUCAAAUCAUAGUAUAAGUCAAUUAUCAAGUAGUGCUAAUGAUAGGCAAAAUGGUAUACCAAUGAGAACUAAUUCAAGUUUGAGUUUGCAUAAUUUACAUUUAUUUAGUAAAAAAAAUAAUAAAAAAGCUGGAUAG